AUGUCUGAUGAAUUAGAAGCCAGAAUGUGGGAUGAAGGUGGGUCCAGAUACGAGAGCAGGAGUCGUGGAGCUUAUUUUGAGUCCGCAUUUGCAUCAUCAGAACAUUUGGAUCGCGCGCCCUUGUUAUCAGAGGAGAGCUAUACGGAAGUAUCGGUGGCUGUGGCGCCUGAUGCUGAAGAGCAUUGCCACUGGCCCAGAAAUGAACCUCCAAGUGCCGUACCACAGUUGUUGGCAGCGCUAAUACUAUGUGGUAUAUUUAUGAUCUGUGAACUAGUGGGUGGUUACCUAGCGGGCAGUCUGUCCGUGAUGAGUGAUGCUGCUCACAUGUUGAGUGACUGUGGCGGAUUCGCUCUGGCCUUGCUGGCAUUCCGCUGUGCCAAUCGACCACCUGAUGCCACCAUGUCCUAUGGCUAUAGACGAGCUGAGGUGCUAGGAGCGAUGACGUCAGUUCUUCUCAUAUGGGCCCUAACCGGUAUCUUCGUGUACGUGGCCGCUGUAAGGAUACACACGGGCGAAUAUGACAUAGAACCGGACAUGAUGAUGCUCGUGUCUGGCUGUGGGGUCGCCUUCAAUAUUGUGCUGGCGUUGGUGCUGCAUGGAUGUGCCUCUGAUAUAGCUCAUCAUCACUCUCACGGCGGGGCGGCCUGUACUCACAGCAGUCCAAAGUUCCGUCUGUUCAGACGUGAACAAAAGAACGGCGCGGUGGCCAACGGAGAUUACUCCAUGAAGGAUCUGACAAACGCUGACGCACACGUUACUGGAGGAACUACUAGGAAUAUAAAUCUCCGCGCCGCACUCAUCCACGUGAUCGGUGAUCUUAUACAGAGUUGUGGAGUUCUACUGGCAGCGAUACUCAUUAAGAUAUAUCCGGACGCGAAGGUCAUUGACCCCGUGUGCACUUUCGUGUUUAGUGUGCUGGUGUUGAUGACGUCAGCGAGGGUAGUCAGGGACGCCAUCUCGGUCCUCAUGCAAGCGGUGCCCGGGGACUUUAGGUAUCGCGAGUGUGUAGCCGCCUUGUCAUCUGUAAACGGUGUGAGGCACGUCCACUCUGUGCACGCGUGGGCUCUGUCUACACACCACACUGUACUCACGGCGCACAUCGCUAUCGACGAGCUAUCAGAGUGGGAGUCAGUAUUGUCAAGCUGUCAGCAGCUCGCUCGGCGUCAGUUCGACGUGAGCAGCGCCGCCUUCCAGCUCGAGAGAUACAACACGGCCAUGGACACGUGCAGCUGGUGCAUGCAGCCCGCGGCACGACCAUGA